GCAUCAUGAAGUGUCUGCACACAUUUCUGCUUCUCCAUGUUGUGACAUGUCUUCAACAAAAUGCUCACGGGAGCAAUAUCAUACAUGGAGAAAAAGCCCCGGAGAACUCACUGCUGUAUAUGGUCUCAGUGCAGAACAUCAGAGGUCAUGUGUGUGGAGGGUUUCUUGUCACUGAGGAUUUUGUGGUCACUGCCGCGCACUGUGUGGACAGCAAACCUACACAUGUUGUUCUCGGCACCCAUAAUCUCAAGGAUGUCAAUAAUGAAAAAAUAGAAAUUGGAAAGAAGAUCAUUCACCCAUCUUAUCAGAACGUUGGAAAGGGUGAUGACAUCAUGCUCCUUAAGCUGGCAAACAAAACUCAACUGAACUCCAGAGUGCAAACAAUUCAACUUCCAUCUGGUGAAAUAAACCUAGAAGACAAUGAAACAUGUCAGGUGGCUGGAUGGGGUAAGACUAGUAGCAACGGUCCCUCUGUGGAUGAGCUGAGAGUGGUGAAUGUGUCUGUCAUUAACCCACAAAAAUGUAAGAAGAUAUGGCACCACCUUCCUGCUAAAGUUAUCUGUGCAGGCGGAUAUGGCACGAACAAGGGAUUCUGUCAGGGUGACUCUGGUGGACCUCUGGUGUGCAAAGGGAAGGCUGUUGGUGUUGUGUCUGCCAACAGAAGUUACAUCUGUAACUACCCAGAUUUACCCAACGUCUAUACGGAUAUCCUCAAACACACUGAAUGGAUCAACGAGGUUGUAAAGGGCAAAAAUGAUUAAAGAAAAACAUGCAAAUUUAAGCAGUGUUUCAGCACACUGUAAUUGCAAUUGGAGGUGAUGUCAUGCCUCUUAGUUGACUUGCUCUGCCACUGUUUGCUCUGCAACAAAAAUCUAAAUAAAAAUAAGUGUGGUUUCUAAAACAGGUGUCUCUCGUGUGUUCAACAUAGCAAAGCUACUAGAGCUAAAAAUACAUAGUCAUGGUUAGAGAAGAAUGUUAGUAAGUGUAAGUGUGUGAAAAAUAUUAAACAUUAUUUAAGCAUAGCAUAGCAUCUAUGCUAACCGU